UAUGUUACUUUGACAGAUAAACCAAAAAUUAAUAAAAUAAUCCUAUAUCUGCAUUUUUAGAUUUAAACUUGUUAAAAAAUGAUGGUUCAGGGACUAUACAGGCCAGAUUCCACUUCUCGUCAACGUCAAAUUAAUACAUUGAAGAUUUUUAAUGAUAAUGUAAUUGAAGUAGUUCAAGAUUCGGAAUAUAAUGUGCUAUUCAAAGCUGGAAUUUACGAUUUUUGUCUUCGAGUCUUGCUUUCUAACGAUUUUCCAAAUGAAAGACCCAUUUUAAAAAUUUCUCCAGUGGUUGUCCAUCCAUGGGUAGAUCAGGAGGGUGAAAUUAAAUCAGCACCUGGCUUGCUAAAUUUUACAGUACAUUCAGAUUUAGGAAGAGUUGUGCAAGCUAUCAUAAGAGAAUUUGAAAGGACUCCCCCACCUCUUACAACAGAACAGUGUCUCAGUAAUUCAUCUCCUUCAGUACCUGUUAGAGAUAUGGAAAACAGAGGGAAAGUUAGUCCAAUUAGUUCUUACCCUGGUUUAAAUAAUUUUUCUCCCCCAACGUAUCACUAUACCUCUUCACAUUUACCACAGUCAGUUACUUUGCCAGAACUGAAUAAUUUAAGUUUAGAUGAUUUACAAUUUUUAAACGAAUCAUUGGAAGCACAAGAGGAGUUUUUAGAG